UUUCCGGGAGAGAAGUUGUGUUUCACUGAAGUCGCUCCGACGAAGACCAUCAUUAAUGUUCCGCUUUCCGGUUUCGGCUGCACUGGACAAGUAAAAAGUUUGAUAAUAAGUGGUGAAAUAUAAAAAAUGGACACAAGUGAUUCUAAAGAAGAUGGACCAACAACUAGGAGGAGAAGCGCCAGACAGGCACCCACGCAAGCUUUAUACAGUGAGGAUCUUAAACCCAGAAGCCCAAUAAAGAGAACCUGGAAAAUGAGGGAAGAUGAUGGGGCAUACAGAGCUGUCAAUGGAGCCAAGGAGCCCAAGAGUCUCAAUAAGGAGGAUGAGGAUGAAUCCUCUGUUAAGAAGCAAAAGCUCGGAGAGAAGAGAAGGGUUGUAAAUGAGAAAGGUGAUGGUUUAAACCAAACAGAUGAUGCAAAUAUGGAGAUGGGUGAGAAAGAAGACCAGGAUCAAGAAAUGAACUCAGAUGAGGAGACUGAGCAGGAGCAGGAGUCUAGUUUGACAGGUUCCUCAGCCCAGCCUGGGACAGAAGAAAUGCAUCCAGCCCAUGUAAGGGAGGAAAGUCUGGAAAGUGAAGGGUCACUCAACAAACAAAGGCCUAUUCAUCUAAAUAUUAAGGUCAUUGAAAUACCCAAACCCAAAGCAGAAAAUUACAGACCAGUCACAAAAUGUGGAGAUGCCUCUAGUAUGGGAGCUGUUCCACUGGAACAUCAACAAGAGGUGUAUAAAUUGAGGAAUAGGAAUAACAUGAACUACCAGAAUCAUGUAACAGAGAAACACAAAAAUCCCCCUGGUCUUAGGAGUUGGAAUAGACACCCACCAACUGAACCCCAGAAGAGUUACGUCUACCCAACAAUUCAGCGUCCUAUCACAAAUCAAACUAAUCACAAAUACACAGAAUUGAAGAGUUUGCAGAAACCAGUCACCUCAAAAGCAAGUCCAGCCCCCUCCUCUAGAGGCUGGACGUCGUACAUGUGCAAGUACAAGUGGGCUCUGAUACUGACAGGAUUACUUGCUUUGGGCUUUUUUGGCUUUUUGACCUAUCAGAAGUUCUUACACUCCCGUUUGCCUCAAACUGAUGUGGUCCAUUCUAAAUCAGUGGAGAAAUUUGACCUGGAGUUAGCAGCUCUACAAGCUCUUUUUCCCAGUCAGCGCUCAGUGUUCUGGAAGAGGAGUGGGAAACAUCUUAAGAGCCACCUGGCGACGGUCAACCCCACUGAACCGGUCAGCGUAAUUCUGACUGCUGGCCUUCAGGCUGAAAGGACAUUGGGCUGCCUUGCUCGAAGAUUAGCCGGGGUGUACUCUGCUACCUAUAACGCUUCAAUCUUAGAAAUCAAUGGGACCACCAAAAGAGCACAAGACAGUAACCGGGUCAAGCUGGAGAUUGAUGAAGAGCUGAGGGAAGCGUUUGAAGGUGAUAAACCUGCAGCUGUUGUGCACCGUUUUGAGGAGCUCCCUCCUGGAUCUACGCUCAUAUUCUAUCGUUACUGUGACCACGAGAAUGCUGCUUACAAGAAGGUUUUCCUGGUCUUCACUGUGAUGCUUUCGGUGGAUGAAAUAGCCCCGACGACCAGUCUAAGUGCAGUGGAGGACAUGGUACAUGACCAUGUAAAACAUAAGUUUGUCAUCUCAGACAAAUCCACUAUGUUUAAUCAAAUGGAUGUGGAUAAACUGAGUGGACUGUGGAGCAGAAUUUCUCACCUCAUCCUGCCAGUGGCUGCAGAAGAGAAAAUUGAACAGCAGGGAUGUGGGGCAUAACCUCACGGAAAAUCAUAAGAUUGUAUUACUGUAUUGGGCUGGGCAAGUCAUUUUGUAGAGUUUUGAGUUUAACUGGUCUACUUCAUGAAUGUGUGGACCACAGAAAUGUACAUAGAGGAUCUAUAUUCCAAAGAGGUUUUUUAAAAAAUGUAUAUGUUUAUAAAUGUUUUAUACAAA